GUGGUGCCGCCAUCGUGCAGCAGACUGGCACAACUAGGAAAAGCAGCUCUGAAUGGAGUGACACGACCCAAGACGACGCUCGCUCGUUCAGUGAUCACCCCAUCGAACAAUGGAAGAGCGCCCGAACCACCAAUAUAAAGGCGUCAGCACCGGCACGACCAUCCUUGCAGUACAAUUCAAUGGAGGGGUUAUCAUUGCUUCUGACUCCAGGGCCUCAAUGGGUGGGUCUUAUGUGUCCUCUAAAAUCAUUAACAAGCUGAUCCAGGUUCAUGACAGGAUAUUCUGUUGCAUUGCUGGCUCACUGGCAGAUGCACAAGCUGUAACAAAAAUGGCCAAGUUCCAGCUAUCUUUCCACAGUAUACAGAUGGAGUCUCCCCCCUUGGUGAAAGCCGCAGCAUCUGUGCUAAAGGAGCUUUGCUACAACAAUAGGGAGGACCUGCAGGCCGGUUUCAUCACAGCAGGUUGGGACAAGAAGAAAGGGGCACAGGUAUACACAGUAUCAAUGGGAGGAAUGCUGAUUAGUCAGCCUUUCACUAUUGGUGGUUCUGGUAGCACCUACAUAUAUGGCUACGCAGAUGCUAAAUACAAACCUGAUAUGAGCCGUGAGGAGUGCCUUCAGUUCACUACAAAUGCACUGGCCCUGGCUAUAGGCAGAGAUAAUGUCAGCGGGGGUGUGGCCCACUUGGUGGUGAUUACUGAGGAUGGAGUGGAACAUGUGCUUAUUCCUGGUGAUAAACUGCCUAAGUUUCAUGAUGAGUAGAAUGUCUCUAGAACAGUGGUUCUUAGUCCUGGUCCUGGAGUACCACUAUCUAGCAUGUGUUCUUAACUUUAUGAUAGCGUUAUACGUGUCUUAGGCUGGAAGAGUUGACAAGGUAAAAUCUCAUCACAGCCUCUGCCACUCGUGCCCAUCCAUGUAUCUUGCUUUCCGCCAUCACACCACAAUUAUCAUUUUUUCCAAGAGGAAUUUUCUUCCACUAUCACCUGUAAUUCUUCGCUAUAUUUUUUAAGCACUUGGUUUGACAAUUUUCCCCAUUUUGCUGUCCUCUGAGUGGAUUAAAUAGAAAUAAAUGACAGUUAGUACAAAUGCAGAACGUGUCACACAUCGUUUACGGUAAGCUGUUAAAUGCCCCAUCGUUUACAUAAGAAAACAAGAAAAUAGUUAAGCCUGUCUUAAGAGAAUAUGUGAGAAGAGUUUUUUCCAAGAAUUGCAUUUAAGAACCUUCUUGUGAACUUCUUAAUGCUUGUCUUAAUAUAGUCUUUAUGAAUCUAGCCCCACGACUGAGAACCACUGCUCUAAAACGAAACUAUCGACAUAACAAUCAUAACAGUCCACAGUCAGUUGAAGUCCUGUUGAAAAUCUGUUCACAUGUAAAUCAAUUAAAAAUAUUCAUUUUUCUGUGCUACAAAA